UAGAAGACAGACCUGUCAUCGUAACAACACCGCGGUUCAACAUGGCGGCGAGUUCAUCUGUUUUCCACAGAGUGAGAACUGGGUCCAAAAUAGGCGCCCAGUACGACCAAGACGGCAAUUUAAUUCAGGUGGAGACUCGGGAAGAUGAAGAGCAGAGUGUCAAGCUGGCAGAGAUCCUGGAGCUCCUGCUGGCAGCUGGAUACUUCAGAGCCCGGAUCAAAGGACUGUCCCCCUUUGAUAAGGUGGUUGGUGGGAUGACCUGGUGCAUCACCACGUGUAACUUUGACAUCGACGUUGAUCUUCUUUUCCAAGAAAACUCAACCAUCGGACAGAAAAUAGCUCUGACGGAGAAAAUUGUGUCUGUUCUGCCGAAAAUGAAGUGUCCUCAUCGCCUGGAGCCUCAUCAGAUCCAAGGGUUGGAUUUCAUCCACAUUUUUCCAGUGAUACAGUGGCUGGUGAAGAGAGCCAUAGAGACCAGAGAGGAGAUGGGCGACUACGUGAGAGCUUACUCCAUAUCCCAGUUCCAGAAGACCCACAGCCUGCCAGAGGAUGAAGAGUUUCUCCAGAGGAAGGACAAGGCGGUGGGAGCAGUUCUGGAUGUACUGGAAGUGUACAAACCUCAGAGGAAGUACCGGAGGCAGAUGGAUGCCGGGGACCUGCUGGAUGAGGAGUCCAGGGUUCACUCCACACUGCUGGAAUACGGCCGGCGAUAUGGAUUCAGCAAACAGUCCAAACAAGACAAGGUGGAGGAGAAGAAGACGUCGCUGUCCGGCGGCUCACAGGCAGCGCCUCCCGGCAUGGCGGAGGUGUCGGAGGAAGACGACCUGCAGGCAGCGGAGGAGAUGCGAAUCAAAAGCCUGAUGACCAGCAUGGCCGCCAUGGCAAAUGAAGAGGGGAAGCUGACGGCGAGCGCGGUGGGUCAGAUCGUGGGACUGCAGUCUGAGGAGAUCAAACAGAUCGCAUCUGAGUACGCUGAGAAGCAGUCGGAGCUUUCCUCAGAGGAGCGUUCAGAGCGCUACGGUCCGCUGCAGCAGCACCGCAGGGCGGUCGUCUCGCUCAACAAACAGAUCCAACAGAAGACUAAACAGCUGGAGGAGCUACAAGUCAAACAUGCAGAGGUGAAGACGAGCAGCGACGAAGCCAAGAGGAAACUGAUGGAGGCUACGGAGCAGUCGGAGAAACUGAGGAAAGAGCUGAAGUCUUUAGAGGAGAUGGAGGAACAAGCUGACAGCAGCUUGCUGGAGAAGCUGAGAGCUUUGGUAACAAUGAAUGAAAACCUGAAGCAGCAGGAGCAGGAGUUCCGCACACACUGCAGGGAGGAGAUGACGCGUCUGCAGCAGAACAUCGAGGAGUUGAAGAUGGCGUCAGGACAAGAUACAGAGGAGGAGAAGGAGAGGAACCAGCUGAUAGACAAACAGUACAACACAGACAGAGAGAAACUACAGAAGAUCCGUCUGCUCAUGGCUCGGAGGAACCGUGAGAUCGCCAUCCUGCAGAGGAAGAUCGACGAGGUGCCGAGCCGGGCCGAGCUGACCCAGUACCAGAAGAGAUUCAUCGAGCUCUACAGCCAAGUUUCUGCUACACACAAAGAGACCAAGCAGUUCUUCACUCUGUAUAACACUCUGGAUGACAAGAAGGUUUAUCUGGAGAAGGAGGUUAAUCUGCUGAACUCCAUUCAUGACAACUUCCAACAGGCCAUGUCGUCUUCAGCAGCGAAGGAGCAGUUCCUCAGACAGAUGGAGCAGAUCGUUGAGGGAAUCAAACAGAGUCGCAUCAAGAUGGAGAAGAAGAAGCAGGAGAACAAAAUGAGGAGAGAUCAGCUGAACGACGAGUAUCUGGAGCUGCUGGACAAACAGAGACUCUACUUCAAAACCGUCAAAGACUUUAAAGAGGAGUGUCGGAAGAAUGAGAUGCUGCUGUCCAAGCUGAGAGCUAAAGGAGCCUCGUAGCUCUGAUACCAGCUGAACUGAUCACCGAUCAACUGUAUGGAUCCUUUAUAACAUUCCACAGCUGGUUUCAUCAUCCUUUAUAAUUCAUACACAUGUCAACUUCAUGACCACAAGCAUCACACAUUAACAACCAAAUUAUUAACAUCAAGUCAAACAAUCCUCUUGAAAACUAUUAGAGCUGCAACGAUUAGUUGAUUAAUUGAUUAGUUGAUUAAUUGAUUAGUUGAUUAGUUGAUCAUCAGAUAAUGAAUCUGGAAGUAUUUUGAUGGAUUUAUGGUUAAACUCAGCUUUGAUUUGAUGUUUUUAGCUGAAAAACUUUUGAUGGUUUUGGUUUAAAUGUGAGAAUCUUCUUGUCUUAUUAUAUUCCAGUAAAUUAAAUCUUAGAUCUGAAGUCUGAACAGAACAGGAAGCUGAACUGUUAAUGAAAACUGUGAUUGACAUGUUUCACUGUUCUGAUGUUUUAUAGACCAAACAAUUAAACAAUUAAUCAAGAAAAUAAUCAUUAGUUGCAGCUUUAAACAAUCCUCUAAAUUACAAUAAUGUGUCUAAUGAUGUCUGAUGAGUUUAAUCAUAACUAUGUUAACAUGCACCACCUUUAAAUCUGCAC